AUGGAGAGCGGUUACAUACUAGUGUUGCUGACACCGACAUUUAACAAUAGGAAUAUACAAUGCACUAUCUGGAACUCAUGUGAAAAUUCAGAAGUUCUUGACUCCAAUAACUAUUCAAAUUCGCUGAAAUGCAUAUCCACCUCAGACAGCAUUCAUGAAAGCAUUAAACAGGGUUUUGUCUCAAUUGAAACUCUUGUUACACGAGCAUCAGAGAAAACUCUCGACUUAUGCUUGAUUCGGAUUGGUUUUACAAUAGCUGCUUGCGUUGGUUCCUUGUUUGUUCUAAUGCUUAUUGCGGUAGACAGAUACAUCGCUGUUUUUAAAGGACUAAGAUAUAUUCAAAUAGUGAAACGGGGAAGAGUAAUAUUCGGAAUAGUUCUGGUAUCUAUCAUUUCACUUUCUGUUGGAUUCUUGCCAUUAAUGGGAUGGCGUGUGCCAACGUACCAUAAAUAUUGUUCCUUUUUGUAUGUUGUACCGGCUAACUACAUAAUUGUAUUAUUUUCCAGCUGCGUUUUUAUUCCAAUUACAGCCAUGUUUGUAAUAUAUGGGAGAUUGUACAAAAAUGCGCAAAUUCACAUUAAAAGAAUUGAAUCUAUUGAAAACAUUACUCAGCCUAGAUUAAGUAACGGACAAUUACGAAUUUCUCCAAGGACGGCAAAAUCUUUGAAAACUCUUACCGUUGUGUUUGGAUGUGUUCUAUUAACGUGGAUGCCUUUCUUGAUCACAUCUAUCGCACAAAUCAUCUGCGGAGACGAAGCUUGUUUUCUUAAGGACAUUGUCGGGACACAUUUGCUGAUAUUAGGAUUUUCAAAUUCAUUUUUGAAUCCAGUAAUAUAUGCUCUUGGGACAAAGGAUUUUAGAGAAACAUUUGUCCACACUUGUUUUGGAAGAUUGCCCUGUUUUAAUCAAAGACCGUCGCGGUCGCGAUCCAAUAUCUACCCUGUAUUCUCUAGAACACAACUUUAG